AAUUGGCAUGCAUUAAACCAACUCUUAGCCUUCUUCCGAGAUAGUUCCCGCAUUCCGAUCCAGCAUCAGGAUAAGGCAGUGAUAGAUGCAAGCUAGCGUCGCGGGUCUAAUGUCGACGGUUGUUGUUGCGUCUUGCACCCCUAUGAGUCGCUCGCCCGUUCUGCCGUCUUCUUCCGGCACGUCGGCCAGCCGCUCUUGGAGGCCGGCGACAGCGACGGCGUUCCCUAAUUCUCUCGCCGUCAAGUGCGGCCGGCCGACGUCUGUGGUACUCCGCGCUCACCCGGAGAAACAGCUGCCGGUGUUCAGCAUCCCCCCCACCGCCCUGCUGUACCCCGUGCAACCGCCGGACAGCAAGGAGCGGUGGGACAUCAAGGAGGAGGAGAAGCACGUCAAGAUAUGGCUCCAGGUGCCCGGGCUCUCGGAGAACGACCUCGAGAUCACCGCCGGCGAGGACAUGCUCGAGAUCAAGAGGAAGGCUGGCACCGGGGCCGGCGGCCGCGAGGAGUCGCCGGUGGAGGUGCACGGGGUGGGCUCCUUCCACGUCAGGCUUCUCAUGACGAAGGAAUACAACAGCGAGGACGUCACCGCGGAGCUCAAGGCCGGGAUGCUGGAGAUCACCAUCGGCAAAGCCGACAACCGUGGCAUCAAAAAACCAGUCGGGUUUGGGAAGAAAACCACGGCCCAGAACACGCCAGCCCAAGACAAGCCGAGCUCAAACAAUGCCCAAGGUAAUGGCGCCUCACCGAAAAAUCAGAAGUGACCGGCCCAAACCGAACUUCAGUGCGUUUUCCCCUUUUCGUGUACUCACUUUCCCGUUCUUUCCCGUUCUUCUUUUGCGAAAUAAGCAGCUUAUGUUUGAAAUGAGUGAUGCACCGCUCGUUGUGGUGUGCGCUGUCGUGUGCGUAUGGAGAUUGUUUGUUCAAAAUUGAGCUCUUUUACAGCACUUCAGAAAUUAAUAUAGUCCGUUCAUUUCUCCC